AUGUACUUUUUCUCUCCCGUGAUGGCCGGCAAGACCGCCGCUGAGCCACCCAACGACCUCGUCAGCAGCAGCAGCAGCAGCAGUGGGGACCCGGUCGACGACAUCAAGGAGUCGCUCGACCGCAUCGAAAAACUCCUCAACCGCGGUCAGCAGCUGCUGUACGGUGAUGACGCAGCCGAUGGCAUGGAGGCGUACGGCGAGGGGGCUGCGGUGUCCUUGGGCGAAGACCUAGGGGACGCAGACGCCGUCUCGAUCCCAACCGCGCGGCACGUAGACGCCAACUGCGGCUCCUACCAGCUGCCCCCUGGCACCCGUCUCGGCCUCCCCCCGCGCGGCGCUGGUGUCGGUGCCGCCGCAAACGUGCUCCUAUAUCCGCAGAGCACACCGCAGCACCCGGCAAACCGCUUUCAGAGAAAUUCUGAAAAAUUGUAUCAGCGCUUGUCGGGGGAGACCAACCACCGUCACCCGCUGCAGAAGGGCGCGAACCGCAGUAGCCUCCACCCCCGCCCGCGUGCGAACCCGGUGUCGAUGGGCAACAAACGUCUACUACCGGGCUUCGGGAAGGACAAACUGUUGGUCUCCGUGCGCGGACGGCGGGUCGUUCAGAUCCAGAAGGAAGGCGGCAUUGUGCCUAAUUUUGAAGACGGUCUCGACCCUUAUGACACCCCGCAGAACAUUACCAUCGAAGAGCUGAAGGAGCGCAUCCGCCGUGAACUGGAGGAGUACCGACGCAUGGGCCCCCUCAUGCACCGCUACGAGUCGUUACGGCGCCAAAAACGCGUCACUGUCGCCAAGCGUACGCCGAUCAUGCAGAUUGCUUCGAGAAGAUUCACCGCGGCAACGACGGCAGGGCUUGGGAGCAAGCCAGUGAAGUACGCCCCUGUACCGGUCUCUGGGGCCACGCCGCAGAGGGCACCCAACCGCUUCGGCAUCCAUGCGGCGACGGCCACAACGAAAUUUGGGCUACAAGCGGCCUCCGCGUCCAGGCAGGUGGUGAAGAACACCAACGGCACCCCGGCGCGCAGCACGCUACGGAACUCGCACGAGAAGCGCCACAUGGAGAACAGGCGUGCCAACCGGGAAUCGCACCCCCCUGUGAUGGCGCCGCCGGUGAACAACACGUACACCGCCUACUACAGCCCCCUGCAGAUGAGAGGGGGUAGCCGCAGUGCGUCGUGCGAGCUCUCGUCGAACCAGAUGGCCGGGUGCAGCUACGCCGCGGCGCAGCAUGUGAGGGAUGUGUCAAAGCGCAACCCUCGCUCUCCCUCGGCCGUGGCCGUAUCAAAGUCAUCGACGACGACCAGCGACCUGGUCACAGAGGAGCCGGCGUACGUAGAAUCUCUGUCGGGCCCCUUCGCGGACAAUAGGGCGCACAGCACAAGCACGCAGCUCUCAGCGACCACUUCACCUGCGCAGCUGAAGCCGCCCACUCGCACUACUGACCCCCAAGGCGACAUGGAGGUCAGCCUGCCAGGCAGCAUGGAGGACUGCGGCAUCUCGCAGCCGUACGUUGCACCACUUGAUCUCAGCGUGAUCAAGAAGUAG